AUGGACAGUUCCAUAAAUACGACAGAUGCUUAUAUGACCACAUUUGACUAUGAUCAGGCACCGCAACCAGAAGAAUCUACUUCUUCCCAAGAAUUCAAUUAUCAUGUGGUGCCAGCACUCUAUUCUUUGGUGUUCAUAGUUGGCCUUCUGGGCAAUGCGCUAGUUGUGCUGAUCCUCAUCCGAUUCAAAAAACUCAAAAGCAUGACUGAUAUCUAUCUGCUCAACUUAGCCAUUUCAGACUUGCUUUUCAUAGUCUCGCUCCCAUUUUGGGCUUACGCCGCUGGAAGCCAAUGGGUAUUCGGAAAUACAAUGUGCAGGAUUCUCUCAGCUGCUUAUGAGAUCGGCUUCUACAGUGGAAGCUUUUUUAUCAUCCUUUUGACCAUCGACAGAUACCUGGCCAUUGUUCAUGCAGUGUUUGCAAUGAAAGCUAGGACGGUAGUCUAUGGCAUGUCGUCAAGUGGCUGUACGUGGGUACUGGCCUCACUUGCCUGUGUGCCAACAUUAAUGUUUUCCAUGGUCCAGAAAAGAAAGGAGGGCCAGAAAUGCAGCUCUCUAACAGAAGAUGCAUCAAAACACUUGUUAGUUUUCAUGAAGAUCAUCUUGGGGCUUAUCAUCCCAUGGUUUAUUAUGCUCUUCUGCUAUGUGAGAAUUCUCAGGAUUUUGAUGAAGAAUAGAAGUGAAAAAAAGGUGAAGGCUAUCAGGCUUAUUUUUGUGAUCAUGGUGGUUUAUUUCAUCUUCUGGGUGCCAUACAAUGUCACCUUCUUGCUGAUGACCUAUCAGGAUUGGUUUUUCUCAGAUACCAGUAACAAUUUAGGCUUAGCAAUUCAAGUGACUGAAACAAUUGCUAUGUCCCACUGUUGCCUUAACCCUGUGAUUUAUGCCUUUGUAGGGGAAAAAUUCAGGAAAUAUCUCUCUGCCUUGUUCAGAAAGCGUACAGUAUUUUCUUGCUGUAAGGUCUGUCUAGGUGCUGGUCUCCCUAGUUUAGAACGAUCUUUUUCUUCCGUAAGUACUUCAGAGCAUGAUAUUUCUACUGGUUUGUGAAAUACUUUCUAAUUGUGUCUGGAUAUACAUCAUUCACAAUGGUC